AUGAUCUGGGGCAGUAUGUCAUUAAAAGGAGUAGGAAAACUUCAUUUUAUUGAUGGAAAUGUGGAUACGAACAAAUAUUUGCCAAUUUUAGAAGAAUCGCUUUUACCAGUGAUGGAAGAAUAUUUGACAUCCGGCCAAGAUUUUGUGUUUCAGCAAGAUGAAAAUAAUGUACCAUUUUUGAAAUGGGUUUCUAGCAGUCCAGAUCUGUCACCUAUUGAAACUUUGUGGCACGAGAUGAAAAAGAAUGCCUUGCUGAUCGACAAUUGGUAUGGAGAAUUCAAACUCACCCAGGAAAACGUCGAUGCUGUGCGCAAACUGAUCAUUGAAGAUAGACAUGUGACAUAUCGCGAGAGCAUUGUUAGUGGUGAAGAAAAGACAACAAAAGUCAUCCGUUCUCGAAGUGUUUCGAAAAAGAUGGUCGCGACAUGUCAAAGAACUGUUACUGCGGAUUGGUAUACUACCAUUUGUUUGCGAAAAGUCAUCACCGAGCUUCUAAAAAUCAACCCCGAAAGAAGAAUCAUCCUCGAUCAAGACAAUGCAAGCUCGCACACAGCCCAAAAAACAAGGCAGUAUUUAACGGAAGAAAACGUGGAAUUAUUGGACCAUCCUCCAUAUAGUCCCGAUCUAAGUCCUAACGAUUUCUUUACUUUCCCCAAAAUUAAAAACAGACUGCGUGGCCAAAGGUUCCAGUCACCAGAAGAAGCAGUUGACGCAUUCAAAAAUGCCUUUUUGGAUCUGCCAGCAAACGACCUGACCUUGGCCUCCCAUCCUAACCGUGUUAAACUUCAGUAUUGCUCACUCGUUUGGGGUGCUGCCGCCCCGACUACAUUAUCUAUGCUCGAUGCUUUCUUAUGA